AUGUAACAACCUGUCCCAACAACUACUGGAGGUUCACUCUAACCAAUUUUAUCAAAUUAAAGAAGUCAAUCUGCAAAACCUUCGUUGAUGACAUUAUAAAAUCAAAGAACAGUUUAAUCAGCUAUGUAAAGAAGUCCUGUACUUCCAUCUGCCCAAAGAGUACCAUCUGGAAUAGGAAGCUUUGCUUAACCAACCAAUAAUAGUCAACGCAUAUAGAGUGGUUAUACAAGAAUUCAAAGUGGCUAAACUAGAGUUGGUGGUACAAGAAUAUAGAGUGCAGCAAAAUCAACAAGAAGUAUUGUAAAGGAAAUGUUUCAUAUUGAACCAAAAGAAAUAAUAUUUGAAGAUAUCAAACCAGGAAUUCUUUAUGAACAAAUAUUGAAUGUCUAGAAUUUAGCUAAAUAUCCUGUCAGAAUUAGAGUACAACAACCUAAAAGUAAUUAUUCUUAUUUAAAAAAGCUUCUAAAUUUAGAGCUGAUUAUGAUAUGUAAUAAGGUAUAGCAGCUGGAUUAGGACUAAAGGUCUUAAUUUUAUUUAAAGAAUCAGAAAGAGAUAUUGCUGCAUUAAAUCAACAUUAGAAACCUCCUCCUUUUUAUAAAGAUGUAAUUGUUAUAGAAUCUGAUGAAUUUAGAGCUGAAGUACAUUUAGCUGCAUAUAGAGCAUGUUCGAAAUUAAAAUUUAAUGAAUUCAUUGAUUUUGGAUUUGUAUAAUAAGGUACAGAAAAUACAAAAUCAUUAAUGAUUUAAAAUGUUGGAUUUGCAGAUGCUAAAGUUUAAGUUAAAAGUGAUGUUUUAAAUCUAAGAGCUUUACCUAAUCUAAUAACAAUUGCACCUGGAGAAUAUCAAUAAAUUAGCAUUAUUUAUAAAGCUAAUGAAAUGGGCAAUUUUAGAUAAACUAUGGAUAUAGUAAGUGAGAGUGGAACAUAAAAAUUGGAUAUUGCUGCUUGUUCUGUUGAUUACACAAGAUUUCUAAUGGAUUCUAAAGGAUCUUAAGUAACAUCCUUAGAUUUUGGAGAACUUUAUAUGGGUAAAACUAAAGUUAUUAAAUUAAAAUAUGUAAAUAAUGCUCCAAAAGGCCAUUAAUUUAAAAUUAUUACUAGAAGAGGCAUUAUAAAUCCAAAUGAUGAUAUUGUUAAUCUUUAAACUCCAAAUGAAUUAGGUAUAGAAUAGAGUGAGAAAUUAUUGGUUAUAUAACCAUCUUCAGGAUAUGUUUAGGCAUAUUCCAGUGUUGAAUUAUCAUUAACUUGUAUGAUUCAAAUAACUCCUAAAGAAUAAUAAUAAGCAAAGAAAAUCUGUUUUGGUGUUGAUGUAGAAAAGGAUUAAAUGAGUAGAGAAAUUAAAUAUUCAAUUAUUGUUUAAUAACCUGAUGAAGACUUAAUUGCUUAUACUAAUGUUAAAGCUUUACUUCCUUUAGUUAGAAUAUCUAAAUAAUCAUUAUAAUUUGGAGAUUGUGAUGUCAAUGACAAUAAAGAUAUUCUAUUUACAAUUUCUAAUUUAUAAAAUUAUCCUGUAGAUAUUACAUUCCAAAAAGUAUCUUGUUUCUUUUUUAAACCUGAAAAUGUUACAAUUAAUGGUUUAUCUUAAACUACUGUAUAAGUUAAAUUUACUCCAAAAAAUGUUGGAAAAUAUAGUCAAAGUAUAGAUAUGAUACUAAAUGAUUAUUUAACUAUUCCAAUUAAAGUAAAUGGAGAAGCUUUAAAGAUAGCUAAAAAGAGACCUUAAACUAGAGGACCUGAAGCAAGAGAAGAAGAUUUUUAAAUAGAUCCUAAAUUCAUUGACACUAAAGAAAUAGAAUAUAUUAAAAAGAGAAAUAAUGAUCUUAUUGAAUAAAAUCAUUAACCUGGCAAUAUUGUAGAAGGAUAUUUUGAAGAUACAUAAAAAAAGCCAAAACCUGCUACAUAGACUAACAAUUUUUUAUAAGAUUCAAGAAAUAAUAGAUUAGAAAAAUAAAGAUAAUAAAUAAUUUAAUAGAGGGUUGAAACAAUUACAAAAGCAUAAGAAAAGUAGAAAGAUGAAGGAUCUAAACCACCUAAAGAUUAUGAAUUUGAGUUAGGAUUAUAAGUAGAUAAUAUGGAUAAUGAUAUUGAGAUUCCAUAUCAUAAAGAAGGUCUUUAUGUUGUAAAACCAUUUUAAUAAUAUGAACCUUUAAAAAGAUAAGAUGAUGAAUUAGUAGAUUUUAAACCUGAUCCAAAAUAACCAGUCAAAAGAAUUUUAUCAGGAAGACCAUAAUCUCAUAAAUAAGUUAGAGAUGUAAAUAGAGAAUUAACAGCAGAAGAUUUGAAAAGAGUUUAAGCUGGUCCUAUAAAGAUUGAUUAUGGUACAAUUUAUAUUAAUACUCCUAUGUCAAGGACAUUCUUUAUUCAUAAUAAUUUAAGAUAUGCUAUAAUAGCUAGACUUUGUAUUGAUAAAAAAGAAGAACUUAAAAAGACAUUUUAAGAACCUUAAGUUAUUGAUAGUGGUGAAGAAGGAUAAUUUGAAAUUAUUGUAUAAGCUCAAUCAUUAGGAUAAUUGAAAUAAACAUUAAGAUAUAUUUUAAAUGAAAGACAUUCAUUUGAAAUUAUGGUUGUUGCUAAUGUAGAAUCUGUUAAAUUAGAAGUUUCUAAAACAACUAUUAAAAUGUAAUUUAAUGAAGAUGGAGGAAUGAGUGUAAAUGAUUCAAUAAAAUUAAGUAAUAAUGGUGUUGGACCAGCAUAAUUUAAUUUUAUAUAAGCUGAAGGAUCUAAAUUUACACUUGAUUGUUUAAGUGGAAUAAUAUAAGGAUAAUCUAAUUAAAUUAUUUAAAUUACUUAUACUCCAAGUAAAAUAAUGAAAGAUCCUUAAGAUACUGAAAGUGAUGUAGUAUUUAAAAAUUAGAAUCCAACAAGAUAAGAUGAAGAGAAAAUUAUAUUAAAAGUUAAGGAUGGUUCUGAAGUCUAAUUGAAAUGUAUAGGAUUAGUAAGUGAUGUAAAAUGUGUAUGUAAAAAUACUGUAGAGUUUUCAGAAAUUUGUGUUGCUUAAGAAAAGACUUUACCAUUUUAAGUUAAAAAUACAAGUAGAAACAAUGCAAUAUUUAAAAUUUUAACAGAUUAUUUACCUAUGGGUUGUAGUGUUACUCCAUCUUCUGGUAAAAUAUUACCUGAAGAGAAUAAAGAAUUUAGUGUUAAAAUUAAUUGUGAUAAAUCUAUUAAUAUUAAUACAUAAAUAUUGUUGAUGCUCAGAUCAGGAAGGGUAAUAAGGAUACCAUUAACUGCUUAAUGUAUUGUUCCUAAUGUUAUUAUUACAUAAUAAUUAUUUGAUUUUGGUGAUGUUACUACUUUAGGUAAUUAAACUGCUUUACCUUUAACAAUUACAAAUAAAAGUAAUGUUGAAGUGAAAUUAAUUUUUGAUUUAAGAAAUGAAGAUAUAAAUCCAGAAGCUAAUGAAGGAGUUGGAUGUUUAAUAUUGAAAUAAUAAUAAGAAUUGUUAAAGAAUUGUACAGAAGAAGAAUAAUAAGAAGAAUCAGAUGAUGAUCUACUUUCAUCUGCAAGAAUGAAAAAGAAAAUGAUAUGUCAAAAUAAAAAAUAUAUAUUAAAUAUGACACCAUAACAAACUGCAUAAUUUUAAUUACAUUUUUAUCCUAAAGAAUUAAAAAGAUAUUCAUUUUAAUUACCAAUAGAAAUCUAUAAAUUUGGAGUUAUUGAUUCUAUUAAAAGAAUGGUAUAAGUUUAUGGAUGUUCACCUAAAUUUAUUGUUGAACCUAAAACUGUAGAUUUCCCAAGAAAAAUUAUAUUAUCACCACCAGAAAAGAAUAAACCUAAUAUUUAAGAAAUUUUAUUAUCUAAUCCUGAAUAUAAAGGAAUAUAAUUUAAAAUUUAGAUUGAUGCUGAUAGUGGUAAUAUUCCAUCGGUUUUUUAAGUAAUUCCUCUUGCUGGAAGAGUUGAUGCUGGUUAAACUUUAAGAGUUAAAGUUAUGUUUAAUCCAAGAUAUGAGGGAACAUAUUCUAAAUAAGCAUAAAUUUAUCUUGAAGAUAGUAAACCAGGAUAACCAUAUUUAAUUGUAUAACUUCAUGGAAUAGCUGCAAAACCUAGUAUUCAAUUUGAUAGAAGAGAAUUAAUACUUUGUCCUGUUCCUUUAGGGAUAGAAUCUAAAUUAUAAUUUAAAGUUUUUAAUGAUGGAUUUGAAACAUAAAAAUUAUCAGUUAAACCAUUAGAAGGAUUUACAGUAGAGUUUUUAGAUGGUUAAACUGUUGGAAUUACAAAAUAACAUUUAGAUAUGAUGAUUAAAUAUACAGCAUAGAAUCCAAUUUCAAUUUCAUAAACUCUAGAAAUUAUUGAUGAAACUCAACAUAGUUAUAGUAUUAGUGUAUCAGCUACAAGUGAUAAUUGUUCAUUUACAACAUGGAUGUAUGAUAAUUAAUCAGAAAUUACUCUUGUUAAGGGAGUACCACAUUUAAUAGAAAUAAAUUAAACUGAUGAAUCUGAAGACAGUAAGGAGUCUAUUCAUAGAAAAUUAACAUCUACUUAAUAAAUAUCAGAUAAAGCUAUUGAAAGUAAAUGUGAACAUAUUUAAAGAUGGUAUAAUUAAUUUGUAGGAUAAUUGGAUUUAUUUCCAAAUUCUAUUAUUUUAAUGUAAGGUCAUCACAUUUUUGAACUCAUUUCAUUUCUAACAGGUAAAACAUAAUUUCCCUUUAAAGCUCAAUUAUAAGGUAUUAAAUAAAAGUCUUAGAUUUCCUAAUUGCUUUUUUAAUAAUACAAAGAAUUAUUACUUCAAUUAAAAGUAGAUGGAGCAUUAUUAAAUUAAAUUCGUCCUUGUUAUUUACUUAGUUAUGAUGAUUAUUAAUUGUAUUUAAAAACAAUUGAAAUGAAAUUCACACAUCCAGAUUAUCAAAAAUAUUCAUAAUAACAAUUUGAUUAAGUCUCUAAAUAUUCUUAUUUGAUACUUUUUACUUAAAUCCUUCGUAUUUAUUAUUUACCAAGAGUUACUUUAAAAGCUAUGAGAUAAAUAAAUGGAAGUAUUAAUGAAUAUCCUUAAUCAAAUGUUUAUUCUAAUUAAGAAAUGCUUAUUUUAAGAUGGAUUGAAAUAUAAGCUACAUAAUAUUGGAAAGAAUCAAAGAGUGUAAGAAUUAUUAAUUUUGGAAUGUUAAAAGAUGCUCAUAUUUUAACAGCAAUGUUAUUAAGUUAUUUAGGUCCAGGUGGUUUGAAAUACUUUUAACCUUUAGGUUAAAUAACCAAAUAGGAAUAAGAUUGUAGUCGCAAUAUGUCUAUUUUUUUAAAAGGUUUAUAAGAUAUAGGUAUUGAAUCUCAUUUAGUACUCAAUGAUUGUGUAAAUAUGAGUAAUCCUGAAUCUUUAUUGAUGUUAAUGCUUUUAUAUACAUAAGUACCUAAUUUCAUGCCAAAGAGGGAACCUUUAAUUUUUAAAUGUGUUUUAGGAUCAAUAGUAAUGAAGACAAUUACUUUAUCAAAUGUUACUCGAGAUCCUAUAGUAUAUUUUGUUAAAUUGGAAGGUUCUUCUGAUUUUUCUAUUGAAGAAGAUUAAGUUAAAAUAGAACCAGGAGGCAAAUAUAAUUAUAAUAUAAAAUUCACUUCAAGGAUUAGUGAUGAAUAAACAGCUUUAAUUACUUUUUGUAAUAAAAAAGGAAAUAAAAAUAUAGCUGCUGCAAUAGUAUAUGAAUUAAAAGGAAUAAUAUCAGAAAGAAUGAGUUAAAAGAUAUGGACUGUUAGUUCAGUUAUGUAUGAAAUGAAAGAAUUUAGUAUAACUGUUUAAAAUACUUUUACAAAUGCAGAAUUUGGUCAUUUUACUAUAUAAAUAGUACCAAUUAAAGUUCCAUUAGUUAUAGAGACACCAAAGAAAAAAAAGAAAGCUAUGUCAAUGGCUGAAAAGAAAAAAGAAUCAGAUAUUGAAUUAAAAGAAAAAUAAAGAUUGGAGAAGUUAACAUCAAUAGAAUUCCCUCCAGCUUUCUUUUGUAAAUAAGAGAGUAUUAGAUUGAAAAGAGGAGCAUAAUAUAAUUUACCAAUGUAAUUUUUACCAACAUAAUUACAUUAAUAAAAAUGUAUGGUUGUAUUUUAGGAUCUUUAAGUAGGUGAAUUUCAAUAUGAAAUUCAUGGUAAUGUUGAACCUCCUGAAGUUUUAUAUGAUCUUAAACCUGAUCUUUAAGUUUUUAUAGAUCAAGUAGCAUCUUUUUAUCAUCAUGUCCCAUUUUUUAAUCCAUAAUUAAAGUCAGCAUUGAAAUAAGUGGAUUAACUCACUAUUGAAAAGAAGAAAAUAAUAAAUAGAUAAAAUUCUAAUUCAGUUACAUUAUAAACUAAACCUAAUUUACCAAUGGAAGAUGUUAUAUUUUCUGUUUAAUUAGAAGAACCAUAAUCUUAUAUUAGUUGUGACAAAAUAUUUUAAUUGGUUAAUUAUCAAUAAUUAUUAUUAAAUCAUACUAAAAAUUCAGAUGAUGAUGAAGAUCCUUAGUAAUAACUUCAAAAAUCUGAUGAAAAAUAAAAUUUAAUUCAAUUUUCUAUGAAUUUCAAAACUGCUGUUAAAGAUUAUUUGAGUCAUUUUAUGUUAAUUAAUGAAACAAAAACUGAUGUAAGAAGAUUUAGAAUUUAAUUAACUUCACUUCCAAAACCAAUAACAGUUAUAUUAGAGAUGACAAUUCCUGCAAGAGAAGUAAUAACAUAAGAAAUUCCUAUUGUUAAUAAUACUGAUCGUGAUUUUAAUCUAAAAAUUCAUUUAAUUGGAGAUGAUAGAUUUUCAAUAUUAGGUGAUGGUUAAAGCAAGAGAAAAAAAUAAGAGAAAGCAAUAGAUAACAAAGAUACAAAAGAAAAUACCUAAAAAAAUAAUAAAGAUUAAGAUUCUCAUUAAUAAAAUAUUUAAAAAGAAUAAUUGAUAAAGAAGAAACUUAAUAAUUAACCAACAAAUGGUGCAGUAGUUAUAUAAUUUGCUCCUGAUUGGAUUUGUGAGGCUAAAGCUAAAUUAUCUAUUAUUAAUCCUUUAACUAAUGACUUCUAUGAAUAUUAAUUAAUUGGCAAAGGAGAAGAACCAUUAUCAGAAGGACAUUUUACAAUUAAAGCAGUUGCAAGAUAACCAAUUACAUAAAUUAUUCCAGUAACUAAUAAUACAAAUGAAGAACUCAGAUAUUCAGUAGAAACUGAUGUUUUAAAUGCUGCUGGUGAACAGGAAAUUACUAUUUAACCAUAAACAACUUAUGAAUAUAAAUUAAAUAUUAAUCCCUUAAUUAGUGGUUAAUUUACUGGAUCUAUUACCUUUACUGGAAAUGGUCAUUAUAGAUGGUGGACUAUUUUGUUAGAUACUGCUAAUCCUAAACCAUUAGGAACAGUAGAUUUAGUUUCUCCUAUUAGAAAAGCUAUAGCAUUUGAUAUUGAAAUUGCUAAUCCUUUACCAGAAAAUGUUACAUAUGAAGUAUAAAUUAUAGGUGAAGCCUUAUCAGGUGAUCCUUGGUUUUCAGUUUUGCCAGGAGGAACAUCAACAUAUUAAUUAAUAUUUUAACCACUAUAAGAAGGAAGAUGGAAAGGUAGUAUUUCAUUUUGCCAUCCAAAAAUGGGUGAAAUAUGGUAUACAUUGAAUCUUAUUGGGGAAGAUCGAGGUGGUAUUAAAGUUCCCUAAUUUAAAACUGAAUUAGGAAAAUUAGAUAAAUGUGAAAUGUUACUUGAAAAUCCAACUUGUAAUACAAUUGUUGCAGAAAUUGAAAAUAGCAAUCCUACUAAUUUCUCAUUAGAAUUUGAGGGAGGGCAAUAAUUACUUUUAGAACCUUACACUUUGAAACCUGUAUAUGUUGUAUUUGUACCUUCAGCUCUUACUGCUCAUUCUGGUGAAAUAUAAAUUAAGACUAAGGAAAUUGGUAAGUGGAUCUUUUUAUGUUUUGGAACUGGUGAAUCACCAACUCCUUUUUAAGAGACUACAGUCAUAUGUAAAGCAGGACAAUCUGUCACUUAAUAAAUUGAAUUCAAAAAUCCUUUAAAAGAUUCUUUAACUGUUCAAUUAGAAAUGUAACAAUAAAAUGAAAGUGUAUUUACUUUAUUAAUGAAAAGAUAAAGAAUUACUAUUGCUCCAUAAUCCAGUUUACUAAUUCCUUAUUAAUUUAGUGCUGUUGAUAUUAAAUCAUAUAAAUGUAAUCUUGUUCUUACAAUGAAUAAUUAAGUUAAAUGGACAUAUCCUUUAUUAGGUUUGAUAGAGAAUGAAGAGAUGAAUAAUGUUCAUUUAAUAUCAACAAAAUGUAGAAUUCCUUUAGUUACUAAAUUGAAUUUAAUGUUAGAUGGAUUAAAAAGUAAUGAAAAAGUUAUGUAUAAAAUAACUGAUAUGGAAAUUCUUAAGAAACAUUUAAAAAUUAAUUUACCUGAUCAUCACAUUAAAGAUGUCACAUAACCUCUUAGUUUUGAUAUUAGAUUUAUUCCUUACAAACCUUUUAAAUUACAAACUGAAUUGUAAGUCAAAGUUGAAUCUGGUGGAUUAUGGAGGUAUUUCUUAUAAUUAUAUUUAUAGAUUUAAAUUAUAAGUAAAUGCUCUAGAACCACAAAUUGAUGAUGUUAUUGUAAUAACUUCUGAAAUCAAUUAAUUAACAAAGGUUAGUUUUAGAUUAACAAACAGAAUUGAAGAAAUAGCUAAUUUUAAGGCUUAUUUUACACCAGAUUCUAAUCCUGAAUUUACUGUUGAACCUACAACUGGUCUAUUAGAGCCACAUGGUAAAAAAGGAACAGAAUUUAAAUUGGGAUUUAAACCUAAAGAAUAUGGGAUUCGUAAAGAAGCUAAAUUGAUUAUUGAAACAGAUUCAAUGUAUUGGUAUUAAAUUCUUUAUAAAUUUAAGGUCCUAUAUACUCAAAGGUCAUUUACCAAAAUACAUUCCACCAACUAAUGUUAAGGGUCAUGGUAUUAAUAGUGAAUUAGCAAAAAUUCCUACUCAUAAUAAUGAAAAGAAUUUUUUGAUAGAAAAUAUGAAGAAACCAAACAAACAUAAAUGA